CGGCGGCGGCGGCGGCUGCGAGGAGCCGUGCCUUCCACCUUUCCAGCCCCGGCAGGACGGGGGUGGCCGCCGCGGGCCCGGGGCGGGGACAGCACGCAGCCUCGCCGCUCGCACCUCAGCCCGGCAGCGGCCCCGACACCCGGGGCAAGCGGGAAAGCGGCGGCGGCGGCGGCGGGGGAAGGAUGCAGGGGAAGAAGCCGGGCGGCUCGUCGGGCGGCGGCCGGAGCGGCGAGCUGCAGGGGGACGAGGCGCAGAGGAACAAGAAGAAGAAAAAGAAGGUGUCCUGCUUCUCCAACAUCAAGAUCUUCCUCGUGUCCGAGUGCGCCCUGAUGCUGGCGCAGGGCACGGUGGGCGCCUACCUGGUGAGCGUCCUUACCACCCUGGAGCGGAGGUUCAACCUCCAGAGCGCCGACGUGGGCGUGAUCGCCAGCAGCUUCGAGAUCGGGAACCUGGCGCUCAUCCUCUUCGUGAGCUACUUCGGGGCGCGCGGGCACAGGCCGCGCCUCAUCGGCUGCGGAGGCAUCGUCAUGGCCCUGGGCGCGCUGCUGUCGGCGCUGCCUGAGUUCCUGACCCACCAGUACAAGUACGAGGCGGGCGAGAUCCGCUGGGGUGCCGAGGGCCGCGAUGUCUGCGCCGCCAACGGCUCGGGCGGGGACCAGGGGCCCGACCCGGACCUCAUCUGCCGCAGCCGGACCGCCACCAACAUGAUGUACUUGCUGCUCAUUGGGGCCCAGGUGCUACUGGGCAUCGGUGCUACCCCCGUGCAGCCCCUGGGCGUCUCCUACAUCGACGACCACGUGCGGAGGAAGGACUCCUCGCUCUACAUAGGAAUCCUGUUCACGAUGCUGGUGUUUGGACCAGCCUGUGGAUUUAUCCUGGGCUCUUUCUGUACCAAAAUCUAUGUGGAUGCAGUCUUCAUUGACACAAGUAACCUGGACAUCACCCCGGAUGACCCCCGCUGGAUUGGAGCCUGGUGGGGUGGCUUUCUGCUCUGCGGUGCCUUACUCUUCUUUUCUUCCGUCUGGAUGUUUGGGUUUCCACAGUCUCUGCCCCCUCACUCAGACCCCGCCCUGGAGAGCGAACAGGCCAUGCUCCCCGAAAGAGAAUACGAGAGACCCAAGCCCAGCAACGGGGUCCUGAGGCACCCCCUGGAGCCGGACAGCAGUGCCUCCUGCUUCCAGCAGCUGAGAGUGAUCCCGAAGGUCACAAAGCACCUGCUCUCAAACCCUGUGUUUACCUGCAUCAUCCUGGCCGCCUGCAUGGAGAUUGCAGUGGUGGCUGGCUUCGCUGCCUUCUUGGGGAAGUAUCUGGAGCAGCAAUUUAACCUCACCACCUCUUCUGCCAACCAGCUGCUCGGGAUGACUGCGAUCCCAUGUGCCUGUCUGGGCAUCUUCCUGGGCGGUCUCCUGGUGAAGAAACUCAGCCUGUCUGCCCUCGGGGCCAUUCGGAUGGCCAUGCUCGUCAACCUGGUGUCCACCGCUUGUUACGUCUCCUUCCUCUUCCUGGGCUGUGACACGGGCCCUGUGGCUGGGGUUACUGUUCCCUAUGGAAACACCUCAUCACCUGGCUCGGCCCUGGACCCCUACUCGUCCUGCAAUAAAAACUGUGAAUGCCAAACGGAUUCCUUCACUCCAGUGUGUGGAGCAGAUGGCAUCACCUACCUGUCUGCCUGCUUUGCUGGCUGCAACAGCACGAAUCUCACCAGCUGUGCGUGCCUCACGACCGUCCCGCCUGAGAAUGCGACCGUGGUCCCUGGAAAAUGCCCCAGUCCUGGCUGCCAAGAGGCGUUCCUCACCUUCCUGUGUGUGAUGUGUGUCUGCAGCAUGAUUGGGGCAAUGGCUCAGACUCCCUCGGUCAUUAUCCUUAUCAGGACAGUCAGCCCUGAACUCAAAUCCUACGCCCUGGGAGUUCUUUUUCUCCUCCUCCGUUUGUUGGGCUUCAUCCCCCCACCGCUCAUCUUCGGGGCUGGCAUUGACUCCACCUGCCUGUUCUGGAGCACAUUCUGUGGGGAGCAAGGCGCCUGCGUCCUCUACGACAACGUGGCCUACAGAUACCUGUACGUCAGCAUCGCCAUCGCACUCAAGUCCUUUGCCUUCCUCCUCUACACCACCACGUGGCAGUGCCUGAGGAAAAACUAUAAACGAUACAUCAAAAACCACGAGGGCGGGCUGAGCACCAGUGAGUUCUUUGCCUCUACUCUGACCCUAGACAAUCUGGGGAGGGACCCUGUGCCCGCAAACCAGACGCAUAGGACAAAAUUUAUCUAUAACCUUGAAGAUCAUGAGUGGUGUGAGAACAUGGAAUCGGUUUUAUAGUGACUGAAGGAGGGUUGAACUCUGUAUUAAUCAUCCAAGGGUCAUUUUUCCUAAAAAAAAAAAAAAAAAAGAAAGAAAAAAGUUAAAAAAAAAAAUACACACAGAGACACACACACAUGUACACACAGCACCUUUGUCCUUUUUGUCAAAAUCAGAGCCAGACAGGAUUCAAAAUAAGGAGAGCGUGGGAUCACGUGGUUGACAUGCAACCUCCUGGGGCUCAGAGUCUACUCUUUGAAGGCACCUCAUGGUUUUUCAGGAUGCCGACAGCUGCAAGCAACAGGCACUGCCAAAUUCAGGGAACAGUGGUGGCCGGCUUGGAGGAUGGACCUUUCUGGAUAUAUAUAUAUAUACACAUACAAAACAAAAAAAUAUAUAUAUAUUAAAAAAAAGAAGUCUACUAAAAAAACCCAAGUUGACAACAUUUGCCAGGAUAAGCACUAGUGACACACCCCCAUGCCACCCUCCCCACCCACACGGGAGUGGAGGGGCACCCAAGUCAGAGGAGUGGAGGCCCGCUUCUCUAACUUUUGCAAUAUGGGUCGCUGUGUAGACGACUCACCCAGUCUACACAUGUGGUUCAAGGCCCCAGAGUUCUCUCAGCGAUGCUAAAGGGUGAUCUGUGCUGGAGACUGUAAUUGACACCUCUCACCAGCUCCAUUUCCAUUUCUCAAGACUGAGGGCCCCAGGGGGAGCCGGACAUGGGGGGCCAGCACCUCCCCUUCCCCGCAGCACCUCCCACUGGGGUGCGUCCCCCAGCCCCGCAGAGUGACCUCAGGAAGCAGUGGGCCUCGCCUGGCUAUGACUGACUUCGCUCAGAGCCGGUGAAACCCAACCUAGUCCAAGUCAUUUGCUUACAUUUGCCAAACAUUUUGCCAUUUUUAAGGAAAAAAAUGCAAUGCAUAUGAAUUUCAAACUGUUGUAUGUAUAAUCCUCUGAUACUAUUUUUAACUACUUCUCAAAUCUGUGUUAACCCUUCAGUCACUAACACAGUUCUCUAGGCCGAAUUUAUUAUGCUAGUUGCUUUUACUUUUCUCCUUUUUUAAUGCACCAAAAAUAUAAUGUUAUUCAAGGGAUGCAAUUAAUCUAUUG